UAUUGCAUUUUUUAUACGAUAAUGUAUUCAGAAAUACUUUUCCGUGCAUGCUAUAAGUAUGGAACACCUUCAAUCCAAUGUACUGAAAUUACACAAGCUUGAAUAUUAUGAAUUAUUUUGAAUUCUACUGUUUCCUCUGUCUAUUGGUAUCGCAUUAUAUAAAAGCCCGAAGUGGAUAAAUAAAACUCUCUCUUAUCAUACAACUCUACAUCUGUGUACAUCAUUUAUUGGAAGAAGUCAGUGAUUUCGACAAGUUCGCCUCGCUCGCUCUCGGAGGAUAGAGAAAAUAAGUUUAUCUAAGUCUACAACAGUGGUGCCGAAACCCGGGAAUCGUCUCGCCGGAUAACUAUCGGGUCAAAAGUGUGUCGCAGCAGUACAAUUCGAAUGUGUCUGAGCCCCCUUUGGCUGACUCGAAGCAAUUGAUCGACGAAUUCUACAUCAAGAACACGUGACCAGCCGUCGUCACCUCCGAAAGCGUGAAGUUGCCUCAACUUCUCUUAUUCAUCUCGUUCAUCGAAAAACCGACUCAGUUACCAGAGUACCGUAUUCGGAUUCGUGGUGUCGGGAAUGUAUUCAUCUGCUGCAAAUCAAUCGCCGAUUUGCAUUAUUAGUACCGCCAAUAGUCUAGAAACAAUGCUCCAAAGGUUUUGGGAAAUUGAAAAUUUCGACGUCGGUAGAGCGUUAACUUUAGACGAGCAACGGUGUGAAGAUCAUUUUAGAAGAACUGUGUCGCGGGAACCUGAUGGAAGAUACGUGGUUCGACUACCGCUACGCGAAGACCGGUUACCCUAUCUUGGAGACGCGUAUCAGCUGGCUCAGCGCCGGUUCCUAUCAACUGAACGGCGUUUCAGGACGGACUCGAACCUCCGUGACAGCUAUCAUCAAUUCAUGGAUGAGUACGCAAGAUUGGGGCACAUGCAGCGCACUACGCAUACAGGUAAACCAUUUACUUUUCUACCUCACCAUCCUGUAAUCCGCCCUGAUAGUACCACUACAAAAAUACGUGUAGUUUUUGAUGGUUCGUGUAAUGAAGGUAAUCAAUUAUCGUUAAAUGACGUUUUAUAUGCCGGACCAACGGUUCAACCAACUUUAGUAUCGAUUGUUUUAAAUUUUCGAAUCCCAAGGUAUGUGUUCAUCGCUGACAUUGAAAAAAUGUUCAGACAAAUUUGGGUUCAUCCGGAGGAUCGACGUUGGCUUCAAAUUUUUUGGAGAAUAAAUUCGACUGAUCCGCUUUCAAUAUUUCAAUUGACAACAGUUACAUAUGGCACAACGUGUGCUCCUUUCCAAGCUACGCGAGUUUUGAUGCAAUUGGCAGAUGAUGAAGAGUCGCGGUUUCCGUUAGGUGCAAAAAUAAUUAGGAAAAACACUUAUGUUGACGAUACAUUGGCUGGUGGUGACAAUUUGAACGACGUUGUCAAUGCUGCAGCGCAGUUAAGGCUGCUAUUAGCCGCCGGCGGUUUCAGUCUUCGGAAAUGGUGUGCUAAUGACGCGAAGGUUUUACGGGAAAUACCCCCUGACCUAAUUGAGAUGCCGAGUGAGAUUGAAAUAGAUAGGUCGUCGUCAGUGAAAACUCUAGGGUUGCUCUGGAAUCCUCACAUCGAUCAAUUUGCUUUCAAAAUUCCAGAUUUAUCCAGCACAGAUACGAUCUCUAAACGCGUUGUUGUAUCGGAAAUGGCCCAAUUAUUCGACCCCAUGGGCCUAGUCGGAUCGGUAGUUGCAGCAGCUAAAAUCUUCGUACAGCGUUUAUGGAUAGGUCAGCAUACGUGGGAUGAACCACUCCCGGAUGAGUUGAAAGACUGGUGGCAAGAUUAUCGCGAACAACUGCCGCUACUGCACCAGUUGAGAGUGCCUCGACGUGUAAUCACUAGUACGUCAUAUGCGAUCCAUUGUUUUUGUGACGCAUCCGAACGAGGCUAUGGAUGCUGCGUAUAUAUAGUUUCUACUAACACGAGUGGUGGAAGAAUAAGCAACCUACUAAUCACUAAAUCGAGAGUUGCUCCUCUAAGAACACAAUCAAUCCCUCGCUUGGAAUUGUGUGCUGCUUUGCUAGGCAGUCAACUGAUUAAUCAAAUUCUAACUUCUACAGAAUUUUCUGGAUCUGUGGUAUUUUGGACAGAUUCGUCAGUGGUAUUGCACUGGAUUAAUUCACCGUCAUUUGCUUGGAAAACGUUCGUAUCGAAUAGAAUUUCAGAAAUUCAAAAACUUUCUGACGGACAUACAUGGAGGCAUGUUCCAUCAGAAAUGAACCCAGCUGAUCAAAUAUCUCGAGGAGCUCAGCCGAAACAAAUUUUAAAUGAUAAAUUGUGGUGGCAUGGUCCAGAAUUUUUAUUGAAACCUGAACAUCUUUGGCCAAUUAUUGAAUCUGCAACAGGUGAAAAUGAUAUACAUUCAACUGAACGUAGACUUGUCGUUUCGUUGCUCACUAAAAAUAGUGCUCAUGAGCAUUGGGACAUUUUUGAAAGAUUUUCGAAGCUGUCGAAAUUGUUGAAAGUCGUUUCAUGGUGUACGAGAUUUUUCUACAAUACUUCGAAGAAGCAUUUAAAAAUUACUGGUCCGUUAACACCAAAGAGUUAA